ACAAUCGACUGCCGCCAUUACCCGGGCUGCAGAAUUAUUCACUCUUGAGAAAUGGCACAUCACAACAAGCCAGCCACGGCCAGUGAGCCGUUUCUUCUCAAGCUCCCUCAUCCAUAUCUUACCGCCUAUGCCAUCACCAAUGUUGCCCCUGCGGGCAAGCCUAACAGUUACAAUAUUAGGCUCUCCCCAGAAAAUUCCACGGGCAAGGAAGUUAGCCCGCCGGUUGUAUUGCACAGCGAAACCGUCUCAUUCAGUGAUAUCAGUUCACCGAGCCACGACACAGUACCACCACUAGGUGACAACAGUUCUUGGGCGCGCGCUCGAAGAUCGCCCCAUGUUGCUGUUACUUGGGAGGGCGAUCGACCGACGGUUCCACAGCUUUGGCUUAUCGCUUAUGCGUUGGUCUCGCUGCAUCCUCUAGUCGAAAACUUCCGCGUCGUUCUCGCUGGCAAGGACUCGCAGUCCCUGGCUCGUGAUUUGUAUGUCACUGGCCUAUUUCACCCACAUCCCCAGCCGUCACGAGCAGAUGCCCCUCAAGACGGCCAUCUUCUUUUGCGAGGCACGUUUUGGCAGGGUGCUGCAUGUCCAUUUGGAAGUCGACCAGUCUGGGCCCCACAUCUCGAUGCCUCCGGCAAGCCAGCCAGCAGACAUUAUCCUCCCUUCCCAUUCCAAAAUGCACCAUCGACUCAAUUUCCAGCCGUGCCGCGGCACACGAUGCAUCCGGUGCGGGAGCCAAAGCCGGAACCAGGGUCCAUCAUCUACAGUCGAUGGAUACCGCAUUUGAAGGAGCAUUUCACCAUGGUAGCUCUCGACUACACUAACGACGAGCAUCUUCGGUUAUUCAACAAGUGGCAAAAUGACCCACGGGUUGCUGCUGGCUGGAAUGAAACGGGAACCCUUGACCAACACCGCGAGUAUCUUCGAAAGCUGCAUGAAGAUCCCCACGUGCUUACAAUGUUUGCUGCGUUUGACGACAUUCUAUUCGCGUACUUUGAAGUCUAUUGGGCAAUGGAGGACCAUAUGGGUGCCCAUUACCAGUCGUCGCCGUACGAUCGUGGACGGCACUCCCUGGUCGGCGAUGUGAGAUUCAGAGGACCGUACCGUGUCUCGGCCUGGUGGUCGGGUCUUAUGCACUAUAUGUUCCUGGACGAGCCGCGCACAUGGAACCUGGUCGGGGAGCCAGCAGCAACAAGCAGCACGGUAUUAGCCUACGACUUUGCCCAUGGAUUUCACGUCGAAAAGCUCAUGGACCUCCCGCACAAGAGAAGUGCACUCAUGAUGGUCAACCGUGAGAAGUUCUUCACUCUCAGCCCCUUCAAAUGGGAUGGAGAGAAAAAAGUCAGGCCAAGCCUUGACGCACUCGCCAAAUUGUAAUUUACUACGCAGCGUUCUCAUUCCAUACCUCCCGAUAGCUUCGGCAGUCACUAUACACCGCAAUACGAUUUAUUUGACA